GAAAUCCCCAAUAGAGCCCACUGUACUGCAAUGGAAAGGUGCUGCCACUGCAUCCCCCUAUGGCUGGGCUGUCUGAUCAGCUCCCUGGUCCUGUUCGCGGUCGACCUGCUGGAGCGUCCCCUGCCCUACGACAUGCCCUGCUGCCAGACCCUCGAGGGUAUCCUCUUUGUGAUGAUCAGGAUCUGCAACAUUCUGCAUAUCACCGGCUGCUUCGCCCUGUUUGUCGCCUCCUUUGUGGGCCAGGGCUUCCUGGUGAAGGUCUUCCUCGGCACGACUGCCCUGCACUUUGUCAUGCAACCGGUCCACCUGCUGACCAAGUUCCUGAUCCUGCCCAUCUUCUGGGUGGACAUGACCCUCAUCGUACUUGGCUUUGUGUUCUGCGUGUACAUCUGGAUUGUGGCCCAUGCCUACCUCCGCGAGUGCCGGGAGGACGUGUACCUGGAGAACGAGACGCGCUUCUCCCGCUACAAGAUCAGCACAGUGUCCACGGUGACGAUUUAAAGGCCCUCUU